GCGACUUGUAGCUGAUGAAAAGGGUCGGCGCAGGAGGCUACAGUGUGUUCUCGCUUCCCAUAACCAUCAAUGGCAUCCUCAUUACGAACGCUCCUGCCGCGGAGCUCGAAGCAAUUCAGCAGGAACUUCUCGAAUACCGUGCGGUCGAGUGGUAGUAAUCUUCAAAGACAACAGCGACGGCAAUAUAGUCUUCGCGCGCCCGAUGCAGGAGACCCAAGAUUAAGCAAAGUUGAUGCCGGUGCACUCUCCAUCACCAAAACCACAACCCCGAAACCAAUCACUCCAAAUGAGGAGCUCAUCUUCGGACGAACAUUCACAGAUCACAUGCUGUCGCUUGAAUGGACAGCUGCAGACGGAUGGCUUCCACCACGGAUAACACCCUACCAAAACCUCUCACUAGACCCUGCGACUUGCGUGUUACACUAUGCAUUCGAAGCUUUUGAAGGAAUGAAGGCGUACAAGGAUAAAGAUGGGGACGUGAGGCUGUUUCGACCAGACAAGAACAUGGCGCGAAUGAACAAGAGUGCUGCCCGGAUAGCGCUUCCCACAUUCGAUGGAAACGCUGUCAUUGACUUGAUCAAGCGCUUCGUCAAGCUCGAGGAGAGAUUCAUACCUUCACAAAAGGGAUACAGCUUAUACAUCAGACCCAACAUCAUCGGAACCCAAAGAACGCUCGGAGUGGGUCCUCCUGGCAGCGCUAUGCUCUACGUGAUCGCCUCUCCUGUAGGGCCUUACUACCCAACAGGUUUCAAAGCCGUAUCACUAGAAGCCACUGACUACGCCGUUCGUGCCUGGCCUGGCGGUGUAGGUGCAAGCAAGCUCGGUGCCAACUAUGCACCAUGCAUCGUCCCACAAAUGCAAGCCGCGACUCGUGGCUUCCACCAAAAUCUCUGGCUUUUCCGCGACAUUGACCCGGAUACUGGCAGAGAGGAGGACUUCGUUACAGAGGUUGGCACCAUGAACUUAUUCGCUGCGAUUCAGAAUAAGGAUGGACAGAAAGAGCUCAUGACUGCGCCGCUCGAUGGCACAAUUCUUGAAGGCGUGGUACGAGAUUCUGUCUUGACACUGGCGAAAGAGCGACUCGGACCUCGCGGCUGGAAAGUGUCUGAGAGACGGUUCCCGAUGCGUGAACUCGUAGAAGCCGCGAAUGAAGGCCGCCUGCUUGAAGUUUUUGGGUCUGGAACUGCGGCCACUGUGUCUCCUGUGAGAGCGAUCUCUUACCAAGGCGAACUGGUCGACUGUGGUCUUCCAGCUGGUGAGGAGGUCGGACCCAUUGCUUUGCAGAUGAAGAACUGGAUCGAAGGCAUCCAGUACGGAGAGGAGGAUCAUCCAUGGAGCGUGAAAGCAUAAGCAUUGCUUGCAACGGACCCACAUGGCUUGAGGAGCCUAUGCUGCGCAUUCAGAGGCAGCAUUGUGGCGUUGUAUAUUGCCCCAUAGAAUCUGUAUCUUACGACUCAAGGCGCCCAGAGGCCGAUGCGGUCACUUCAAU